CGUGUGGAUCCAGAGCAGCGCACGGAAACGCUGUAUACUUUCCUGCCGGAGCUUUCGAACUGCUAGGUUGGCAGGAGCAGGGAUUGAGCAAUGGCAGUUCAGCCCGUCACGGGGAUUCGAACCGCUGACCUUCUGAUCGGCAAGUCCUAGGUUCUGUGGUUUAACCCACAGCGCCACCCGCGUCCCUAUGACUGAAUUACAUACCCACAAAUAUGCCUAACUCUUCCUCUUUCUUGCACCUUCUUGUCUUUCUGGUUAGGCCGUGCCUCGUUCCAGGUGUACAGAAAGAUGUCGACCUGGAUAUGCCAAGGUGGUUCUAGAAGCAAAGCCCAUUUGCUGCUAUGCUUGUGCUCGGUGUGCGGAAGGGACCUUCUCCGCCCAGGAAGGUGGGUGACUCCAAGGGGGGAAGGUAUUUCUGGAGAGAGUAAACACAGGGCAGAAAUUCAGUCUCACACACUUUUUGUGAGAAUUCUGCAGACAUUGUAGAAUGUGGCUCAUUCCUCAACUUCUUUUGGAUUAAUCCCUUCAUUACAUCCUGGAAGAGAGUUGAAAGGAAUGAUCAUAAGGAAGAAAUCUCUAGGAUUUCUUCAAAUCGUAAUCAAGUUCAGAUCAUUAGGGAUGUAAGUGAUGCUGCAGCCAUUCUUUUUCUCUUCCCCAGAUGCAGAACAUUGCACCAAAUGCCCAGAAGAUCACCAUUCAAACAAGGACAGAGAUCAAUGUGUCCCCAAGAUUAUCAUCUUCCUGGCUUAUGGAGAAUAUUUAGGAAUGGUUUUAGCUUCUGUUGCCCUCUGCUUGUCCUUAACAGCAGGCAUUGUGUUGGGAAUCUUCAUUAAAUACAAGGAAACUCCCAUAGUCAAAGCCAACAACCGGGACCUCUCCUACAUCCUGCUCGUCUCCCUCCUGCUUUCCUUUUUGUUCUCCUUCCUCUUCAUCGGGCACCCAAGGAAAGAGACCUGCUUUCUCCGACAAACGGCCUUCAGCAUCAUCUUCUCAGUUGCUGUUUCUUCUGUCUUGGCAAAGACCAUCACGGUGGUGCUGGCCUUCCUGGCCACAAAGCCCGGGAACAGGGUGAGGAGAUGGCUGGGCAAGAGUCUGGCCAACUCCAUGGUCAUCUCCUGUUCUGGGGGGCAAGUUCUCAUCUGCACCAUCUGGCUGGGCUCUUCUCCCCCAUUCCCAGAGUCCGACAUGCGCUCCCAGGUGGAAGAGAUCAUCCUGCAAUGCAACGAAGGGUCUGUGGCCAUGUUUUACGUUGCCCUCGGCUACCUGGGCUUCUUGGCUGCCAUCUGCUUCACGGUGGCUUUCCUAGCCAGGAAGCUGCCUGGCUCCUUCAACGAAGCCAAGCUGAUCACCUUCAGCAUGCUGGUCUUCUGCAGUGUUUGGGUGUCUUUGUGCCCACCUACCUGAGCACCAAGGGCAAGUACAUGGUGGCCGUGCAGAUCUUCUCUAUGUUGGCCUCCAGUGCUGGGCUUUUGGGCUGCAUCUUCCUUCCCAAGUGCUACAUUAUUGUGCUGAGGCCUGAUCUGAACACAAAGGAGCACCUGACAACAAGGAAUUAAGGGGGCAUCUGAUUCUUAAAAUAGUCCAUGUUCCUGAUGUCUAGAAGUGCCUAAAGGAAACACAGCUAGGCCUCCAUGUUGCUCAUUCUCCAUCUCUGAAAGAGAUUGUGUUCAUUCUUAGCCUGGGUUUUAGGAAGUUCUGUUCACAUGAACAGGAAGAUGGGAGGAAAUGUUUUGCUACCUUGCUUUGCCAAGGAUUACAAUGAGUCCUGGUCUACUGCCCUUAGUUUGUAAACUAUGAUCUUUUAAUAAUUUUGUGUUUUGGGAACUUAUAUUUAUCUCACAACCAGAUAGGCUGGAGGGAGAGAUUAGUUAGGUUUUUGAGUCAGUUUGUUUUGUCAUGACUACCUAUUAACCAUAUCAAUUCUAAUAUUCAACAAUACUGUUUGGUUAUGCCAGUACUAUGUAUUCAAUUUUCUAUGCUCCAUUUCCCUCAUUUAUGCGCUAUCAUUCAUAAGCUCACUUCACAUCAUU